CACGCCCUAAUCAGGCUUCCGGUGCUAUCGCUAGCACUGAAAGCAAGCUUUUGAUCCAGCAAGACAGGGCCCGAUAGACACGGGCUCCUUCCUACAAUGGUGGCGUUGUUUGACAGUUGGAUAGAUUGGGUAAUCUGGGAACGACCGCCGACGGAAUUGGUGCAACCAUGGCUAGGCCGGGCGGAAGAGACCCUGGUUCACAGUACGGUUACGGCGCCAUCCACUGCCUCGGUAGUCUGCAGACGAGCGUCCACCACCAUGCGUCCCCUCUUCCCACGCGUCACGUAUUCACCCCACAGGGUAUUGCACAGACCAUUCUCAUCAACAAUGGCACAACGAGGGAUCGUGAACCCCGCGCUCUUCAUCUGCGACGUGCAAGAGAGCUUCCGACCAGCCAUCUAUGAGUUUCCCAAAGUCGUUGCGACAGCACAGAAGCUGCUCAAGGCCAGCCAAAUCCUCAAGAUUCCCGUUAUCGCAACCACACAGAAUGCCGCUCGCCUCGGGAGCACAGUCCCAGAGCUGAAGCUUGAUGCACCAGAUGGUGUCCAGACGACCUGCCAUGUAGACAAGACAUUGUUCUCCAUGAUCACCCCUGAUGUCCGCACCUCCCUCGCCGCACUGACUCCAGGCCCCGACGCCCGCCUCUCCGUUGCAAUCGUCGGCAUCGAAUCACACAUUUGCGUGACACAGACUGCGCUCGACUUGCUCCACGACGGACACCAAGUCUACAUCAUCGCGGACGGCGUGUCGAGCUGCAACAAAGAGGAGGUUCCUAUCGCGUUGGCACGACUGAGGAGUGAGGGUGCGAUCGUCGCAAGCAGUGAGGGGUGGUUGUAUGAGGUUGUCGGGGAUGCGAAGAGGGAUACGUUCAAGCAGAUUGUUAAAGUGGUCAAAGAGCACAAGGACAGCACGAGGGAGAGUUUGCAGACACUUUGCAAGAUCUAGUGCUGAGGCAUGCACACGAUAUCCAUGUGUUCGCCGAUUUGUAUGACGCUGCGUUGUACCAUCAGUCUAGAAGGGGGUCUCGAACAUAUGUUUUGCGUAUCUUAAUGCGCUUGGUCUAAUGUUUAACGAAGUCGGUCAUUUUAUUUCAUUUCGAAUUACUUCGUCACGACUGCUGGAUUUCGUUCCUCUCGAAAAACGCUUUUC